AUGGUAAAGCCAGGAAUCGAUAUGAGAAAAUGGGAUUUUAUUGCGGCAAAAAUGAACGCAAAUCUUUAUCAAAACAAUUCGUUGAUUUCGCCAUAUUAUUAUUAUAAUGGCGAGGCCUGUUACUGUUUCUUCAAAGCCAAAUAUUUGCUACCUCACCUUGAAAGGAAGGGUGCGAACAGCACAGGUGAAAUGCCUCUCUAUGAUCUGGAGCCUUUUUAUGGUCAAAUAUUGGAUGCAUACGAAGAAAGGACCAAAAAAGAAUGGCAGCACAUAUUAUGA